CAUAUGGACCACGACUCACCUUGAUAAUUGAAGAAAUUGAAACCUUGAAUUGAGAGAAGGAAUUGCUGCUGCUAACGCAACUUCCCGUCGAAAUCUACCGUGCACGCAAGAGGAAGAUGUCGGCCAUGGUGGACUGGGAGGGCCUACGGAAGACGACACUUGGCAACGAGGAAAUAUGAAAAGGCGGCGGUGGAUUUCCCAUCCUCUGUUCGACCGAUUGACGAAGCACGAGAAACAGAAUUGGUUUAGGCCACACUACCUAGUUCAUCAAUCAUAACUUGGGCCAACCAACUCCAAUUUGUGAUCUGUUUGCAUAGUCGGAUCCAGGGUGCUGCUCUAAUUGCCGUUUGAGUUGGGUCUUCUACAGAGAAGAAAGAACGUGAUAGAAGCUUAAGUGACUUUUUGGGGUGGUAUGAACGCCAAAGUAAAUGGGAGGUUUGUCAAAAGGAGUGCAAAAGAUGAAAGCAAAACAGAAUAGAUUGUCUGUGAUGAAAGAAUCCACUAAUAAGUAAUUAAUUGGCUACAAACAAUCUCCAUGGUGUACCAGUCCGGCAAGAUUUUGUUCCCCUCUGUUCUUUUUCUUUAGCCAAAAAAAAUGCAUUAAAGAAUCCAAGAACCAUUAGAGAAUCCAAGAAUGGGUUCCAAUGUACUCUUCAUUUUUCUUCUGUUUCUUGGGGUUUUCUGUUUACAGUCUGCUUGCAAAAGUAAAGAGCAUAACGCACUGAUGGAGUUAAAGGACGGUUUAGACCCCGGAGGCCAGCUCCUCUCUUCUUGGAACAUAGAUGGAAUUACAUGCAGUUUUGAAGGGGUAGGCUGCAAUGAGGAGAAAAAGGUAAUCAACAUUUCUCUGCCAACAAAAGGUCUCACCGGAAGGUUGUUGCCGGUGGUGGCAAACCUCACGUCGCUGUCCGGCCUCUACUUGCAUUACAAUAACUUGAGUGGGGAGAUUCCGAGUGAGAUUGGGAAGCUCAGUAGGCUGACAGAUUUGUACCUCAAUGUCAACAACUUCUCUGGGAGCAUACCACAAGAAAUUGGAAACAUCAGUAGUUUGAAAGUGCUGGAGAUUAGUUAUAAUCAGUUAACAGGAGGCAUACCUGAAGAGAUCGGGGCCUUGAAGAAAUUGGAGAUUCUGGCAUUAGAAUAUAACAAGCUGGUUGGGUUUAUCCCUCCAAGUUUGGGGAGCCUGAAACUGUUAAAGAGUGUAUUUCUUGGCUUCAAUCGGCUCUCUGGUCAGAUUCCUACAACACUGGCUAGGGCUCCCAAUUUGGAGUUUCUUGAUGUUCAAAAUAACACUCUUGCUGGAGCUAUACCUCCUGAUUUAAAAAGAUUGAACGAAUCUUUCCGUGGCGCAAAUAACUCCGGCUUAUGUGGUAAUGGAUUUUCACUGGUGAGAGUUUGCACAUCCUGGGAUGCUGGAAUCAUCAAUAUCGUUGAUCCUCCAUUAGCAUCUGAACCUCACAAUGAAACAGCCCCAGUAAGUGCUCCAGAACAUCCAGACAUUCCGCUGCCUUGUGAUCCCGGUCAUUGCCCAACUUCAUCAUCACUAUCAUCAUCCUCUCCCUCCAAGACCCGACAAUUUGGCAUUAUUAUAGGGGUCAUAUCUCUUGUUGUAACAUUGUUAGUCGCUAUGGCGGUUGCCAUGUUUCUCUAUCGUUGGCAUAGCCAGAAGGAGGAGAACACAUCUAAGCCAUAUGAUGAUCCUCACGUGAAUGAAUCGGUAAGAUAUCCAUCAACACGAAUGAAUCUUGAACAUUCAGAUCAAUUGGAUGUGAUGUCCCCGGAUUACUGUACCUUGGAUGAUGAUGAUCGCUUACUAGGAGGGUUCAAGUAUAACUUGGAAGAAAUUGAAUCUGCAACUCAGCAUUUCUCCUAUAACAAUCUGUUGGGGAAAAGCAAAUUCUCUGCUGUUUACAAAGGAAUAAUAAAAGAUGGAUCUACAGUGGCCAUCAAGAGCAUAAAUGCAACAGCUUGUAAAUCUGAUGAGUCCGAGUUCAUGAAAGGGUUGAAUCUACUAAUGUCUCUGAAACAGGAUAACCUCGUUGAGCUGAGGGGCUUUUGCUGCUCAAGAGCGAGGGGGGAAUAUUUUUUGGUGUAUAGUUUUGCUUCUAAGGGUAACUUGGCACUGUACCUUGAUCUUGAAGAGGGUGACGAGCGAAUUCUCAACUGGCCUAGAAGGGUUUCAAUCAUCAAAGGAAUUGCGAAAGGUCUUGGGUAUUUACACGAUUCUGAAGGCAACAAGUCCUCCAUUGUUCACCAGAACAUAUCAGUGGAGAAGAUCCUCCUUGAUGAACUGUUCAAUCCACUGAUCUCAGAUUCGGGCCUUCUAAAGCUCUUUGCUGAGGAUGUUGUUUAUUCUGCCCUGAAGGUCAGCGCUGCCCUUGGGUACAUGGCUCCUGAGUACAUCACCACUGGCCGCUUCACAGAAAAGAGUGAUGUUUACGCCUUCGGAGUCAUCAUUCUUCAAGUACUAUCAGGGAAAUGUAUACUCAUGAGCUCGGCAAGACAGGUAGCAGAGUCUCGCAACUUUGCAGCUUUGAUUGAUCCGAAUCUGAAAGGAAGUUUCUUUGAAAGUGAAGCGGCUAAGCUAAUCAAAGUUGCACUAGAUUGCACAACUGAGAUUCCUGGAGAACGGCCUUCCAUGGCUGCAGUCA